AUGGGGAACGAAGGCAUCCUUCGCGCUCGUACAAUUGUACUUAGUCUAUUCAGAGCCCUCUUCCUCUCAGUCGGUCUUACAUCCGCGAUUCCAACAUCUUAUCACGCUUUCGACAAUGCUCUCGAUAAUGCUCCCGAAAAAGCCGAAGAUGGUGCCCUCUGGGUGCUUUACGUCGCGUCUAUGAUCCUCGUGCUCUCAGGAGGUGCCUUUGCUGGGUUGACCAUAGCACUAAUGGGUCAGGAUGAGAUCUACCUUCAAGUAAUAUCUUUAGAUGCUGAGGAGCCCCAACGAAAGAACGCAAAACGCGUUCAUGAUCUCUUAAACAAAGGCAAACACUGGGUCUUGGUGACGUUGUUAUUGUCCAAUGUUAUUGUCAAUGAAACUCUUCCCGUCGUGCUAGAUAGGUGCUUUGGCGGUGGCGUUGCGGCUGUUGUUGGAAGUACUAUCCUGAUAGUAAUCUUCGGCGAGAUCUUGCCACAGUCUGUUUGUGUUCGCUAUGGUCUUCAGAUCGGCGGGUAUAUGUCAAAGCCCGUGCUUCUGAUGAUGUACCUAUUCGCUCCCGUCGCAUGGCCCACUGCAAAGCUCCUCGACUGGUUAUUAGGUAAAGACCAUGGAACUGUAUACAAGAAAAGCGGGUUGAAGACGCUGGUCACGCUUCAUAAAUCUCUGGGCGAAGUUGACGAGCGUCUAAACCAAGACGAAGUUACCAUCAUCAGUGCUGUCCUAGAUCUGAAACGCAAGCCUGUCGAGGAGGUUAUGACGCCAAUGGAGGAUGUCUUUACCAUGUCGGAGGAUACUGUGUUGGACGAAAAGACUAUCGAUCAAAUUCUCGACGCCGGCUAUUCUCGCAUCCCUAUCCAUCAAACUGGAAACCCGACGAAUUUUGUUGGCAUGCUCUUGGUCAAAAUCCUCAUUACCUAUGAUCCUGAAGAUGGUAAACGAGUCAAAGACUUUGCUCUCGCUGCCCUUCCCGAGACCCGACCUGAAACUAGUUGUCUUGAUAUAAUCAACUUUUUCCAGGAAGGAAAAUCCCACAUGGUACUUAUUUCGGAGUCUCCUGGUGAUGAUCAUGGUGCCCUGGGUGUUGUGACGCUUGAAGAUGUGAUUGAAGAGCUUAUCGGAGAGGAAAUCAUUGACGAGUCGGAUGUAUAUGUCGAUGUGCAUAAAGCCAUCCGUAGAUCUCAUCCCGCCCCCAAAGCUCGAGCUUUGCGGAGGGAACUUAUGGCUAAGGACCUUGAGAUCAGGAAUAGCACGCUUAUUGACAUAGACGAAGACGGACAAGGGCCUCAGUCUAAACGGGGUACGUCGAUAAGUAGCAAGACGGAUGCUUCUGCUCUCGGUUCUAGCCCGAAGAUGACAACGUUGCUGAUGCGAAGACGUUCGGCCGGUCAAGACGGACAACUGGUGCACACUAUGGUACCAGUCAAAGCUAACUUCGAGGAAAUGAGGGAUCACCUGAAGCAUCUUGGCCCAUCGAACCCUGCAUCAAACCCCAAGAGCACACGAGUUUCAGCAGUUAAACUUAAACCCGGCUCAACAGCAGCCGCUAGCGCCCAGCAACAUUCAACUUCUAUCACAACAGACGAUAUCACAGAAGAUCUAGUUGCGGUUGUCGAUGAACGCACAAGUUUAUUAGGAUCUCAGCUCAACGCAAAGGAUGGCACACAUGCCCUACAACGGAGUUACACCGAAUCACCUUCUAAUCCUCCACCCGAGAUCGUGACCAGUCUCGAAGGCGAGGGUUCCGAGCAAGUGACUAAAGGUACACAGACUAAGCUUAGUGUCAUGGCUGAAAGUGAUACCUCGCCAGCACAGGAAUCCACGACUGAAAGUAUAGAGAGUAUAUAUGACGCUAUCGGGCGGAGAAGAGGCCACGUGCGUAGUGGCAGUAUUACCGAAAAUAUAAUCGAAUCCGGUGGCAUUCGCAAAGUCAUUCUCGAGGCUAACGAUACAUCGUCAGGCGACGAAGGACGGAAAGCAAUCAUACCUGCACCGUCUGAUGAAGAUGGAGCAUCUUCCACCGCCACCGCUACUGUCGCUACCAAAAGCAAUAAAGGGAAAAAGAAAAAUCGUCGUAAGAAUAGGAAUGGAGGGAAAUAA